CCUCUGCAAACAUAACCUCUCCGGCGACGCGGAUUCGCCAUUUUUAUCAGACGGUGCCGGGCGAUCGCGCGACUUGGACGUUCCUCCGGAGAGAAGGAUUCUUCCGCAAUUUUCAAUUGCCAGCUGCUUUAUUCGCCAACUGAAAUGACGUCGGCUCUGGAAUCAAUGGUGGUCGACGAGAAACAGCUUCCCGAGAAGCCGGUGGACAGAGAAAAGCUGUUUGCAUUUCAGACGUGUCCACUUCUACUGCGAGUAUUUUGCAACACCGGACGUCAUCAUAAUAUAAUGGAGUACAGCAGAGGGAACGUUCCUUCGAACGAGCUGCAGAUAUACACAUGGAUGGAUGCAACUUUGCGAGAAAUUACAGGCUUAGUUAAAGAAGUGAAUCCGGACGCUCGCAGCAAGGGGACGUAUUUUGAUUUUUCAUUAGUGACUCCUGAGCUACGCAACUCCGGUUAUCGCAUGCGUGAAAUUGGCGUCACGUGUUCCGGACAGAAAGGCGCAGAUGAUAAUAAAACGCUUGCUCAAGCAAGGUUCACGAUAGGAGAUUAUCUGGACAUAUCAAUAACGCCGCCGAAUAGGAUGAUGCAACCAGCUGUUAGACGUGGUGGAUUACGUCAAUAUUAAUACUUUUUCGUUUUCCCCUCUACGGGGAAAUAUUAAUAUAAUAAUUUUGGUGGUUAAGUUAUGAUAAGAAUGCAUACAUCUUUUUUGGAUAAUACGUAAAAGUACAUGUCAUUGUGAAAGACUUUCUGAACUUUUAUACCUAUAAAUAACUAAAGUAAAGAA